GCUUGCUGCGAUUCUUGCUUUGCUUCCACAACAUUCGAUAAAGCUCGGUGAUUCAUUAUAUUUUUGCUAUUUAAAACUAGGACUCGGAAGAGUUUUGCUUAGUCGGAAUUCUGAUUUCAUUAGUGUGUGAUAAAAUCGAAAUUUGUGUCAAGAGAGAAACGAUGGAAGAUCAAGUACCAUUCAAGGUGUAUGUGUUCUGGAGCGGCCAGGCCAAGCCAGAGGUCCGCCGGUUUGGCGUGGAGAAGAGCGUCGUCACCAGCUUCCACUACUUGAAUGCCAAACUCCAAGAUGUCUACCCGGGGCUCAAGAACAAGACCUACUCUGUUUCUUGGAAAGAUGAGGAUGGUGAUGACAUCAUCAUUUCAUCAGAUGAUGAGGUGAUGAUUGCCCUCGGCCAGAUCAGUGGGGAUUGUGUGAAACUGAAUGUCCACUGCAAGGAUACGGAGCCGGAGCCUAAGGAUGAAGUCUGUGAAAUAUUACUGCAGACCUUCCCUGCUGCUUCUGCUGCUGGAGGCGGCGGCGACGGCAAACACCACCUGGGCGUGGUCUGCGACGGCUGCGACCAGCAGGUGGUCGGCUUCCGCUACAAGUGCGCCUCGUGCGACGACUACGACCUGUGCGGCAAGUGCGAGGGGGACGGCCUGCACGCCGAGCACUGCAUGGUGCGCAUACCCGCGCCCACUAUGCCGCACGCGUUGAUCAAAGCGGCCAUCAAGCGGUCCCGCCACUUCCUGAAGACUGUCGCAUUGAAGGAGGAAUGCCCCUACAAGAAGAACCGACGCGACAGCAGGAGUGCGGAGAAGCGCGCGCACCGCGAGGAGCACCACCGCGAGCGGCGCGAGAGGCGCGAGUGCCGGCGCCCGCGCGGCUCCUGGCUCGAGACCUUCUCCACAUACAUGAACGAGUUCGCCAACCUCGCCGGCGACGUCGACUGCCACCCGCCCGCUGACGCCAACAAACCAACCACGCAAACUACAGCUGUAGCCACCCAAUCUGCUACCCAAGCCACCCAAGAUGCUACAGCACCACCGGCACAACCCACGGGUGAGAAAACUAACGGUGGUGGCACAACACAAGCGGGCACACAGGAUCCACUCAACAUAUUCCCCGGACAGAAGCUGAUUAACUUCAUGGAGCUGCAGAAGGCGCUUACUGAUGUCAUCUUGCCGACCCUGCAGUCUCACGGAUUGGUGCUGCCGACCAAUCUCAUCAGUCCUCAGUCCCAGCCUGAAGCGUCAGCCAAUCAGGCGGCUCCUAAUCCUCCUCAAUCUUCGGUGAAUGCCGAACCGAUGCCUUCGUCGUCUACGGCCAACGCAUCCGCUGCUCCCUCUGAGUCGUCGAACCCGGAAGUGGAAGUGUCGGGCGCGAGGAAGAGCCCUGAGUCUGACGGGAUGAGCGUGAAGUCUGUGUCUUCAGCGUCAAGCUCGUCGAGGUACGCCGAUACCGCUAUGGAGAAGAAUGAUGACUGGACCGUGAUUAACAAGGAGAAUGACUUAAUGGACGUGGCCGGGGCCCCGAGCGCUCCGUCCGAGGCGGCCCCCAUCGGGUUCAACCUGCCGCAGGAGUUCCAGGACCGGCUCAGGAUGCACGAGGGACAGCUCUACCCGGCCCUCAACACCGCUACCGCUGUGACCAACCCCAAGGAGCCUGAGCGUCCGGCGCAGAGCCAGCCGCAGCCAGCCCCGACCCAGCCACAGCCAUCGCCAGCUCAGGCCCCCAAGCCGCAGCAGCCGCGCCAUGCUAAACCCCACAUCGCGGCGGCCAUAGACCACAUGCUGGCCAUGGGCUUCAACAACGACAGCGGCUGGCUGACGCAGCUGCUCGAGAACUACGACGGAAACAUCUCCGCAGUCCUCGACCUCCUCACCCCGGUGCACCCGAAAAAGAAGUAAACUUUCAAACGAGGCGCCAUGGAGUUGCAAACUCUUUUGUGUUCGCGUGAAAAAAAAGUUAAAAAUAUAAAAACAAAAAAAAAAUAUUAUUGUUAGGAGUAGAAUGUAGCAUGUUUCUGUAAGGCCAGGAAGUGGUGCAGGAUUUGAUAAGGUUUUUAUAGCAUAAGAAAAGAUAUAUUAUAAUUGACUUUAUUAGUACUUUCUAAAAUUAUGUUUAUAAUGUAGAAUCUUUAAUUUUACUAUCUCAGACAUAAAUAUUACUUUAUUAUUAUAAUUUUUAUACUUAGUUUUAGUUUUACGCAAUGAUUAUAAAAUUUAUUUCAAAUCAUGGGCAUUUAGCUCUACAUUCCUUGCCUAAAACUUCAUUGAUAUCGAAUUUAUAUUGCUACGUAAUAAGUUUAUGUUUAAAAUAAUGUUCGGAGCCGAGUUAGGAGAAAUAAAUUGCAAAAUUUAAAUACAUAGUUAUAAUGGCAACGUUUUAUCACCUUAAUUUCGAGCUCCCUGUGAUGGUAAAAGAGAUGUGAUAUGUAUUAUGGACUGUGGUAGUUUAGUUUCUAAUUAUUACUAGCUUAUAACAAACAUAAUUUAUAAUAAUUAUGAUAUUCUCUAUAAAUUACUAUUUAAUAAAGGUUAAUGGGAUAAA